GGGGCUGCGUCUGCAGAGCGGGAUUGGCUAGGAUAGCUCUUAACGUCUGCUGCGUCCUGACGUAAGGUAUGGAGGGUAUGGGUGAUCCCACAUUGGGUGAUCCGAGACCGCGCCUUAUUUCAUAUGAGAGCAGUCGGAACUAAAAAUUUCCCUUGAGCUUCCGUGCUUGAGAAACGCGAUUUUUCGUUCCAAGCAAACGUGAGAGCGAUGGGUCGUAGCUACUAGUAGCGUAGCUACGGAUGACGGCAGCCACUGCAGCUUGCUGGCGCCAUGCUACGGCCAGCCGCGGACUGUGCCACCGUGCGCUGGACAGGCUGUGUACCUGUGAACGCGUAGAAAAACUUUACCGAGCGCCCCCAACGGCAGAGCGAGGCAAAUUCUGUGGGCAGGUUCGUAGAAAGGCAAGUCGCCUGUACCGCCCGUACGGCCCGCACCACAGGCCCGUAACUCGGCACCGACGGUGGCACCACUGUGGAGUACACGCCCAUCAUGUACCAUGGCUGCUGUUGACGAUUUGAAAGCGAUCGGUCUCAUAGAGAAAGACACCAACAGCGAUGUCCUGUGGACAUGGUCCUACCCGUGCUUCACGCCAGAGGAGCGCUCUCUGCUUUUGCCCAAGUGCGACCUGGAAAAUGAUAGCCUGUCGAGCGAGCAGCCAGUAUGGUUUCGGUAUUGUCACCACCACAAAGAUUGGUUCUACAUGUACCAGACAGAGGUCUUCGACAGCGACAAUUUGAGCCGAGUUCGACUAUUUGUGCUGGUGUUGCACACCAGAGACUUCAGCCCCGACAAGUAUGAAACCCUGGCGAGGAUACUGAGCAAGGUGUACUGCAAGACGGGAGACCCAACGGCCCUGCUGCGCCUCUUCCUGUCCGUCUCUGUAAAAGGGUCGUGCACAACCGAGGAGAACGGCACUUUCCUUCUCAAGGACUUUGAGCGCAGGCGCAGCUUGACUCAGGUGCCCAUCAAAGAUAUAAUAAAGAUGUUUGGACUAGAAGCCAUCAUCAUUUACACAGCCAUCAUGUUGAAGAAGCGGGUGAUUGUGUACCACCAUAAACUGAAUGUUUUGCUCAAUUAUAUCAGGGCCUUGACAGCUUUGAGUCAACACCGGCCAGGGUGGGAGCACUUCUAUCCGUUCAUGGAGCUGAGUCCUGCAGAGGUGGCCGAGCUUUCAAGCAUGACCCACUACCUUGCCGGAUUUCGGGAUGCCACUGUCGAAAGUCGCCUCGAGCUUUACGACGUUUUUGUCAACCUUGCUGCCAUCGAAGUCACAGUGGCACCUCACUCUAAAGAUGCCUUUCAGAUGAGCAAAACCCACAAGGAGAUUGCCAUGUUCAUGGUACGGCAAGCGGAUAACAGUAACUUGACAGAUCAAGAGGUUGCUCGUGAUAUAACCGGCAAAACGCAAGAGCUGCUGGCCAACCUCAAGAGUGCCACGACUGCAGGGCCCGGCGGUCGUCGGGUGGUCAGCUUCGCCAAACUGCGGGAACUCAAACUUGCUCCUGCGCUUGAAAAUUUUUACUGGAACUUGGCAGUGGCCGAGGGAUUGGUGGACGCCUAGUCCCAUCGUAAAGUGUCGACCAGUGACUGUGGUGACGUCCGAAAUGCUCGGCAGAAGAUUCGCUGCUUCAAGUGCUGCUUGCUCUUGUAUACAGUGUUGGGCCUUGUAGGUUCUAUAUGGCUGAAGUGUGCAUGCUAGCGUAAGCAGUGUAGGUAGUUUUAGGUUGGAGAGAGAGGAUAAAAGGAAUUCCUUCACAGUUAUGUCAAGUUUGCAACUAUUAUGCUAGAAGCCUGUUAUACUUCACGAGAAUGUAUAGACCUUUUCACCCUCCAUCGCACGAAUGCUGCCAUCUUGGAGUUGCAUGAUGCGGCCGCCAUAAGGUGGCUUCAACUCGUCGCUCCGCUCUCUCCUUUGUGCCUUGACGAAGGCGUUGUAUUUAUGCUUUUUGUCACGGUUCACUGCAUUUCCCGCCUUACUUUGUAGAGCAGUGGUUCUCCACCAUUGACGUUUCAUGGACCCCUUCUGGGUCGGCGGAGAUGGAGGAGGACCCUGUUCGUGUUGAGGGGAAGGGAAAGGUAUAUAUACAUUUUUUUAAUGAUUUUAUAAAUUGAUAUAACCAAAAGCUGUGUGAAGUAGAUUUAUCUUAUUUGACUUACACACGAGAAAAGUCACCCGAAAAUUACGUUUCUUCGCAAUCUAAAAAAAAAAACAAAAAACUUUUAUUGCUGGACUUGACUGAUGAGGCAAGGCAUCGCGGACCCCUAAAAUGCCUUCGCGGACCCCAAAGGUUCCGCGGACCCCAAAGGUUCCGCGGACCCCUAUUUCAGAACCACUGUUGUAAAGCAUCAUCCUCUACUAUUGCAUGCCAUCAUUAUGUGCAUACUGCAGUAAUUUUGUAACACGUUUUUGCUAUUUUUAUUGUCAACAUACCGAAUACGUGUAGGGGGUGGGGGGGGGGGACACGAAGGUUGAGAGCCCAUUACUUAGGACAACUCAAGUCUGCUCAGCGAUUGUGGCAGAAUAUUCGAACUAAGUAGCACAACGUUAUAUUCGUGAGAAAGUUGUUCCUUUGGCUAGAGUUGCUCCUUUCGCUGAGAGCAGUGAGCUGCAGAAGAAACUUUGUGUGUUUCCUGAAAGCAUCGUGCUUUGCCUUCGAUAAAAAUCGAAAACGGUUGCUUUUGCUUACAUGGGGGAACUUCUGGAGAUAGGUAAUGAACGUUUAACUUGCAUUUUAUCUGAUCCUAGGAAUAAUGGUAAUGUCAGCAUCAGGCAACAUGUUUUUGCAUGCUGCACCAAAAUGUGUUGGAUGUUCUUAAUAGUUUUUGUAAUAUAUAAACAUUUGCUUGAUCUGUUUAUUUAUGAAUUUAAAGAAACUACACCGUGCACGAUCCCAUGUCUGCAGUCAUUCAGUCCUUUAACGACUUUGUUAAGGCAUGCAAUUCAAUUCAUUUAUUUCAAUUGUUCCAACACCAAGAUCGGGACUACCCUGGUGAACAUCUGUCACAGGCAGCUUGCGAGUGCCGAGGGCCCGCAAUAUGCGAUGUUGAAAAGAAGCCACUAGAGUGCAGCAUUGUCGGUGCCGGAUAGCAAUUGUCUUCAAGUGGCUGUGACACCGAAAUGUACAAAGCGCAUCUUUUUCAACAGGCAGCAAUUUGUCUGCACAGGUUCAUGAAGUGUUGUCUAGCAUUCCACUUAGCCAAACUUGCCAGAGGUUACUUCUCUGGCACACUUUAAUUUUGCAAAUUUUAUGCAAGACAAUAGUUAGACAAUUUAGGGGCCCGUCUUAUCUCAUAUCUUGAGUAUGUCGUAAGCAAAUGGUCGUAAAACAAGUUCAUUUCCUGACGGCAGCAUUAUGAAAUGCUGUUAAUGAGCACAUUUGCAGGGCCGAUAGUUAAAACAAUUUCCCACCCUGCUUAGGAUAUACUAUCAAAAAAUAUUUCCCGAGCACUUAAUUUCUUUAAAGAAAGCAGCCCAAGACAAUAUCACUUCUUUUACAGCAUCAGCUAUACUGGGCGAGUGUUCUGUUGCCGAAAACGAACGGAGGUUCGCCAAAUCCGCCUGUGCGGGUUUAUUGCAGGCGGGUUUUGCACCGGGAGAGGGCGAGUGCAGCAGUGGUACCCUCGCCCUUUCCCUGAUAAUAGUCGCGGUUGAGGAGCAGCGGGUUCAGCGCAUUGCAAUUUCGCUGGGGUCAUAUGAUCGCACUCCUCGCCACCUGCUCCCUUUCACCUUUGGUCGCCCGUUCCCUUGGCACUAUGAUUUUGCGCGCAAGAAUGGGGCGGUCCAAGCGGCUGCUUGACGACGCUGCAUGCCCGUGAGAGAGAGUUGUCGAGGUGUAGGCGCCAACAGUCUCACCGUAGGUGUUAGUGUGGAAUGCCUUCGACAUCAAGAUCAUGCUGUGCUUGAACGCGAAGCGGCACGCAGAAGAGAAUGUUACCAAGCGAAGAAUGGACACGCUGGCACGACCAAGCAAUUAGCGCAGUGUCUCCACGAGAAAGUGUUUAGUGCUAGCUGUUCUAUGUGCGAUCGGUUGUGGUUUACGCGAGACACAAUGUGACGCAACAUCACCGGACUUUCCAGUCAAUCACGACGCAACAUCGAAAUGUUGCAGCAGCCGACGCUGUUUAUUCGCAUUACGUCGCGUGAUCAUCCGAACAAUAUUUUUUAGAUUCUUUGAGUUAUUAUAGGAGACUUUUUUUCACUUUCUGAAGUUCACAAAAAUUUGGUGUCUGCGAAAAUCAAACAGUAAGCUGUGAGCUUGCGACUUCGCGUGUUUUUCACAAUUCAGCACAUUGCUUAUCAGGGUGUCGAUCUGCUUUUCUACUAUACAUUAGUCUCUUCAUUCGUUUUUUUUUUUUUUCCUGAAAACAGGUCAUUGGGUAUGGCCAUAGAAGAUCGAACCCUCCUUGUGUACUGUUAAGUCGUUUCGUGGCCGAACCUGGCGCCGAAAAUCAUAGUGUUUGUAAAAAAGUCUGCAGUUGCGACUCGAAACAACUUCAUAGUUCUCAAGUAACCCAGUACCACUGUUGUACUGGUUAUAUGCUACAACGAACAUUUGUAUCAAAACACUAAGUGAAAAUUACAUACAGCACCAACACAGCCGCGAGCGCGCUGAAACCGAACCAACCAAACUGAAGCCACCCAAUGGCGGCAAGUGCGUCAGCGCCCUCUAUCUGCUGGGUGGGUAACUAUUGAGAUGAAAAGGUCUAUACUUUAACCGUGAUUAUUACCAUCUGCAAUAGCCUAGCUGAAUAGUUGAGAUGAACUAAAAAUGGACCAAUGUUUUUUUUGUUUUUUUUUUUCAUUUAUAUAUUUAUAGGUUUAAGCAACUUUUGUCUCUUAUUUUGACAUGUUUCGGUGGUCUUGCUUGCCUGACUGAAGAUGUGUUAUACUGGCUAAUUACUAGGGAGUUUCGACAGGCCUGUAGUACAAGCAGGACUAACAAGGUGGGGAGAAUGACACAUUUUAGUAAUUCAUAUCUCUGUUAGCUCUGUACCGUCUUUUGCAUAAGUAUUGCCAGUAGAGGUAGUAAAAUUUUGUAAAGAGUGACGUUUUUGAAGUGUGAAUGAAUGUUGUUUCAGGUAUAAAUAUUGUUUUUUUAUGGGAAGCAUAAUUGUCCUGCCUUUUUCCUCGUAACCGCCAUUGGGCAUGGCGGCAUUAGCAACAUGAGCACCUUCAAACCUCUCGUCUUCUUUAUACGAGCCACGGUUCGAUGCCACUACCUGUUCUACAGAAGCUCAGCAAUCUGUCCGGCCGCGCUUCGAGAACCACUGAUUGGAUUAAGCUUGGAGCGUUAACAAUGCCACCCUAUAAAAGUGGAUGCCCAUCUUCACUGCAGCAUUGGGCUCGGCGGCAUCACCAACAUGAGCAGCUUCAAACCUAUCAUCUCUAUACAGGUGAGAAAGUACUAUGGCACAUGUAUUCAAGUGAUGAUAUUGGACAAGGUUUGUGCUGCCGUGCCCACGAGCAUGCUGCCCAUUGCUUUGUGGUGCUUUUUCGUUUCUUAUGAAUUUGUUAUUGUUGGGGGGAGGCAUUGAAACCAACCCCAGUCUUACCAUAAAAAUGAUUCUAGAUUAACUUAAACCAAUUUCAAAUGACCUUCAGGAAAUUAAAACAGGAACGAUUAAAAUAAAUGAUAGGCUUUCAGCAAUUAAACUAAAAUGGAAUCUAAGAGCACUUGAUGGAGGAAUUGCUGCUCGCCAGGAACAGAAUCUGAUGUUGCUGGGACCGUAAAAACGCCACUAAAAUCAAUGAUCCCAAGAAUCGCAGCAGGAGAUCAAACUUGAUUAUUUCUGGGAUACCAGAAGAGGAAAACAAAAGCAACAAAUCACUUGAAAAUCUUUGUAGCCGAAAAAUUGUCAAAGAAACACUCCAGGUUCAUUCUGCUGGAUUUUAAAGGAUACAUAGGCUUGGCAGGAAAAAUGCCCACAAUGCAAGACCAAUCAUUUUUAAGCUAAUCGACUUUAGACGAGGCUAAAAUACUGAAAAAUUGCCACAAGUGGGAACAAAUCUUGCAACCAGUGAAGACUUUUCCCGUCCUGUUCAGGAAGUUUGAAAGAAAAAAAAAAAAAAAAAAAAAAACGAACAGCAGUGGAGAAAAUGGAAAUAAGCGAGGAAAAAUGUAAUUUGUGUUUAACCAAGUCAGAUUUAAUGGUCAACAUUUUGUCGUCUGGGAUGAGGUUCAGAAUGACAAGGUUCCUUUCGAAAAGAACUGUUGAACCGUCCCAAGCGGAAACCUCAACCAAAACGCAAGAGUACUGAAUAAACCUGUUGAAUUUGAA